UUAAAAAGAAGCGACACGCGUUCCGUAUCAUUUUCCAAUUGGCGCUCGUACACCGCGGCCGUGCCGUCGAUCCGACAACAGUCGCAGCAGCAGCAGCAGCAGCAGCCGCCGCAGCAGCAGCCGCCGCCGCCGCCGCCGCAGCCGCAGCCGCAUUCAUCUCGACAGCCGCCACUAUUACCACACGCCGUCGUCUCCACCACGACCACUUCUACACCACGGCCGGUACAACUGCCGUAGCCACAAUCGCCGCAGACCACUGAUACGGCCGCCGCUGAUAACUCGUGGUUCUCACACGACGGCGAUGAUACGAUAAACAGUCGUCGACCGGUCCGGCUCAGUUCUUGUUUUUUUUUUUUUUUUUUUUUUUUUUUUUUUUGUUCAAAUUUCAUUUUUUCGCGCUCUUCUAUAACCUCUCUUUCCCCCGCGUAGCCCCGUCGAACUCAAUUCGUCUCUGCCCCUACUCACCGACGGCAUCGUCGCCGACCGCUUAUAAUUAUAAGCGAAUAGGUACUAAGUUCAUUGUAAAAAUUAAUAAACGCAUUUUUCGACAUGCAACCGCCGUUCACGUCCACGUUCGUCCGCUCAAUUUAGUUCCUACAACAAUGUUUUCCGUUUCUUGUAGUCGGUACCCGAAAGUUUCUCAUUAGAGUCGAAAAGCAUUCGACUUAACGCGCCUUCACUCGGGCGUAUUAUUCAAACAUCGCACGCGCAUCAUCAACACGGCGAAUCAUCCGUCCACCGUCAUGUCGUCGACAACCAACUCCGUCCCGUAUGGCGUACAGAUUCUGCAAAAGGUUUCUGACAAGUGUCCUAGCCUCAACCGAAUCAUCGACCGUGAAAAUCUGUACAAAUAUAGUGUUCUUGUAUUGACAUUCAUCACAUAUGCGGCUUAUCAUGCAUCUCGAAAACCUAUUAGUGUUGUUAAAAUUGUAUUGUACCAAAACUGUUCUGAAGCUACUACUCCUGCUCCUAUUAACAACACAGAUCCUGAUUGGUGUAACUGGGCACCAUUUAAUGCUGAAAACCACAGUGCAUUGUUUGGAACGUUGGAUUCGGCAUUUCUUUUUGCCUAUGCAAUAGCAAUGUUUUUUAGUGGUAUAAUUGCGGAACGUGUCAACAUAAGAAUAUUUUUAACUAUUGGAAUGCUUUUAUCUGGUACAGCUUGCUCAAUGUUUGGAUUAGCUCAUUAUUACAAUAUACAUUCCAUGUGGUAUUUUAUCGGAGUUCAGAUAUUUGGUGGUAUUUGUCAAACUACUGGAUGGCCUGGUGUUGUGACUGCAAUGGGAAAUUGGUUUGGCAAAGGAAACCGAGGUUUUAUAUUUGGUAUUUGGAACUCUCACACAUCUAUUGGAAAUAUCAUUGGUACUUUACUGGCUAGUUUGUAUGUUGAAUCCAAUUGGGGAUUAUCAUUUAUUGUUCCUGGAAUAUUUAUAAUUGCUUCUGGAAUUCUAAACUAUUUGUUUCUUGUGGUCCAUCCAUCUGAUAUAAAUAGUGAUACUCAUUUGAAUGAAAAAGUCCAGAAUGGUCACAAGGCUUUAGAGAGAAAUGGAAUACGAAGACAAUCUCCUCGUCGCGACUAUAACAUACAAGAAGAAAAUGAAAUUUUGAAGGGCAGUUCAGAAGAGAAAAAACCCAGCACUUCCCCACAAGAGGUCUCUAUACCUCUUGGCGAUAUUUCAUCUAAGGAGUUGUCAUUGUUACCUUCUAACAAGGAUGAAGUAAAAGAAAAAACUGAAGGCAGCCCAAUUCUUUCCCAUUUAAAUGGUUCACCAAAAAAAGCCGUUGGUUUUAUUGGUGCCAUCAAAAUUCCUGGUGUAAUUGAAUUCUCUAUGUGUCUAUUCUUUGCAAAACUAGUCAGUUACACUUUUCUAUACUGGUUACCAAAUUACAUUAAGUAUUCUUCUGAUUAUAGCCCUUCACAAAGUGCAGAUUUGUCUACUUUAUUUGAUGUUGGAGGUAUUUUUGGUGGAAUUGCCGCAGGAAUAUUCAGUGAUAUGUUUGGAAAAAGUGCAUGUACAUGUGCAGUGAUGUUGUUUUUGGCCAUUCCAUCUCUAUAUGCUUACAAUUUGUUGUCUUCGGUCAAUUUAAUUGUGAACAUUGCUUUAUUAGUUAUUGCUGGUGGUCUGGUUAAUGGGCCAUAUGCACUGAUUACUACUGCGGUAUCCGCUGAACUAGGAACGCACAGCUCUUUAAAAGGAAAUUCAAAAGCAUUAUCUACUGUUACAUCUAUUAUUGAUGGCACUGGAUCAAUAGGUGCAGCUGUUGGACCUCUUCUGGCUGCUUACAUUUCUAACCUUUUUGGUUGGACAAGUGUUUUUUAUAUGCUUAUGGGUUCCAAUGUACUUGCAAUAUUGUUGCUUACACGACUGGUCAAGCGAGAACUCCAGAAUGUUGGCUAGCUCCAAAAUACCCUACAACUGAUAAGACUUAAAUGAAGAAUGAAACAUAUUAGUUUGUAAAAUGUCUUUGCUAUCAUGCAAUUGGUUAAAUGAAAAAAAAAACAAUACAUAAAAUAACUUUUUGUAUGGUUGUAAUGUAUAUUUUAGCUCCUAAGUAAUAUUUAUUUGUAUUAAUAUUAAGUUCUUCGUUCCAUUUUUAUCUCUUAGAGAUUUUAAAAUAGUUUCAAUUUUAUUAUGAUUAUAACUUUUCUUUUUUUA